AUGGUGCCUGGCCAGCAUUUGGUGAAAGAAAGACAGUAUGCCAUUUUGAGUGUCAAAGAAAAUGAAAGCUGUGAAGAAAUUCGCGCAAGUUAUCAAUCUUCCAUCCUUAGUUAUCAUCUGGAUAAACUGCAGACGAUUCUGAGUUGGGUGGGUUGUUCUGACAGUAGCAAUGCAGAUAAGUUGCUGAAGAUACAAAAAGCUCGGGAGGUCCUCAGUGAUGCCAAGUUUGGAAGCCUUCAUGAUAGUGAGCUGCUGGCUUCAAGACAAAAUAGCAGCAGAAGUCAGCUUAGAGGAGAUGGUUUGAAGAUUCUGGAGAUGUCUUCCAGCUCUCUCAUCAAUGAUGAUGUGGGAAAUAUUUCUUUGUCAAUCCUCGAGUCAGAAGAAAUGGGUUGUUCAAUUUCAAGGGAUGGGAGAGGAAUGAUUGCACCGACAGCAGAUAACUUAGCAGUAUCUGACAGUUCUUCCUUGUGGUUCUUAUUCUCUUAG